GCUGGGUUCCCAGGACGGCCCGAGAGGCGGCCUAGAGGGCGGACAGACAGAAGGCAGGGAGGGCCAGCAUGCCCCCUCUGCUGCACCCCGCCCUGCCGCUGCUCCUGGGCGCAACGCUGACCUUCCGGGCACUCCGGCGCGCUCUCUGCCGCCUGCCUCUGCCCGCACACGUGCGCGCCGACCCCCUGCGCACCUGGCGCUGGCACAACUUGCUCGUAUCUUUCGCUCACUCCAUCGUGUCAGGGAUCUGGGCGCUGCUGUGUAUAUGGCAGACCCCAGAGAUGCUGGUGGAGAUCGAGACGGCGUGGUCGCUUUCUGGCUAUUUGCUCGUUUGCUUCUCUGCAGGGUAUUUCAUUCACGACACAGUGGACAUCGUGAUUAGUCAUCAAGUGCGAGCUUCUUGGGAAUACCUUGUCCAUCAUGUCAUGGCCAUGGGUGCCUUCUUCUCAGGCAUUUUUUGGCGCAGCUUUGUUGGUGGUGGUGUCCUUACGCUGCUGGUGGAGGUGAGCAACAUCUUCCUCACCAUCCGCAUGAUGAUGAAGAUCAGCAACGCCCAGGACCACCUCCUCUACCGGGUCAACAAGUAUGUCAACUUGGUCAUGUACUUUCUCUUUCGCCUGGCGCCUCAGGCCUACCUCACCCACUUCUUCUUGGGUUAUGCGGGCCAGAGGACCCUGGGCACCUUCCUCCUGGGCAUCCUACUCAUGCUGGACGUGAUGAUCCUCAUCUACUUCUCUCGCCUACUCCGUUCUGACUUCUGCCCUGAGCGUGUCCCCAGCCGGCAACACAAAGACAAGUUUUUGACUGAGUGAGAAGUGCAGAGCCUGGCGUUUGUGGCAAGGACAGCAACGACAACCAAGGAGACACAAACUGGGGCUUGGCUCCAAGGCCGUGUCCUCUGGGACCAGCCGCUCUGCCUUCCAGGCCUGCACCCACUAUUGAAAACCCUAAUGUACUCUGAAGUCCUUGUCCUUUCUUGGGCAAGGGGUGAGCAGCAGACAGACCGGUUGGACACGGUAGAUGGGUGUGAAGACAGGUGCUACCCCAACAGCAGCCAACCCACACUGCCCUGAAAUGGAUGCUAAUGAAAAGCCUGAAACUCUC